UAUAAUUAUUAUUAUUACUAUUUCUUAAAUACUUCCCUUCUACUGCACUACUGUGAUGUGCAGACGUUCUCAAAUCGUCGUGAUGGAAGACCGCUAGAGCUUAUUUCACCUUCAAUAUGUCCCUUUUUUAUUCUUCACUUGUCUGAACCGUUUUCUGGUCAUUUGACCUUAGGUACUGUAGAAACCAACUUGGUUAGCGUUCCAAAAACGGCAGCAGUAGAAAUGAGCUCCAAAUAUAUCUGUAGAUGCUUCCUUUGCGCGAUUCCUUUAUAAUGUUCCUUUCAACUUUAAGUACCGUCUCGUGGGUUUCAAAAGGUCUUUUUUUUAUGUCAAACUUCACCUUGAUACCAACAUUCCGUCUCAUGGCUGCCAUUGGGUAGGUAUUUCAUGUACAGGGACAUAUAUUUUAUCAAAGCUACCAUACCCAUGACCCUGGGCUCGAGAUGGAAAUUUGUCACGCAUCACUUUGCAUGCUCAGCUGUUCCCAAAGGAUUCCCGUUAGGCAAUGCAAUGCGUGUUUACACGACGAAUGCGGAAUUUGGACUACUUUGACGCUAUGUCAGACUUUCGAUUUCAGCAUUAACAGAAUUGUGAUCUAAAGUAAUUAUGGCAGCUCCACAAGGACAGAAUUAUGGUGUGAAUCAAGGACAGUAUCCCCCAAAUUACUAUCCUCCACAACAACCCGGCUACUACCCUCCACAAGCACCACCUCAAGGCCAGUACGCUCCUCAAGCUUACUAUCAGCCUGGAUAUGGUGCACCAGGGACCCAAACAUUAACAGUGAUCCAACAGCCUGUUGGACUUCCCCAGCCCAUAGUUCUUAAACAGUUCCCUGUAACAAUGCGCUGUCCACAUUGUGGAGCAACCAUUUCUACCCAGCUUGAUCACCGUGUUGGAAACACAACAUUUUUGUACUGUUGUAUACUGUCUUGUUUUGGUUGUUGUUGCAUUCCAUUUUGUACUGAUUGUGCCAAGGAUGUUGCCCAUCAAUGUCCCAAUUGUCAUAAGGAGAUAGGUGUUUAUAAGCGUCCGAUUGCCGAGUCUGGUGGAGGGGGAGGAGGUGGAAACACUGGCUAUGACAGAAGCAAUGCUCAUGGCCCAGCUGAUGAUUAUGUGGGUCCAUCUGAUGACUAAAGGCAAAAAGAAACAAGAACAAACAUGUGUGAUGGUUCAUCUAUUUCACAAUCAGUUAUUACACCAACAUGCACAUACUUGCACAGUAGCUUUCAAGGUCAAUUGUACAGAUGCACUUACUGGUGUAUUUGAAAAAAAAAAAACAGUAACAUUACCAAUUGAAUACAUAUUAAAUGUUUUUUUUUUUUUUAUAAGUAUUAGUGACAAGUUAUCAAUAGCUUCAAUAGAAUGCAUCAUUUAGUUUUCUUUUAACCCAGGGCUUAAAACGACAUUCAUUCAGCAUAAGGUUUUUGCAGUCAACUCCUUGGAUGACCAGACAUUUCAUUCAGUGUUCAUGAAUUUAUUUCUGAGCUAAGUAUAGAUUUUCAUAUGGCUAUAUCACUUUUCCUGCACUGAGUUUGAGGCUGCAUCUACAAUACAAGUAUGGUAGAUACCCUUCUGUGCAAAAAUAGGUUUGACUCGACAACUUGGCAACUUCCUGAUCCUUGAAACCACUGUUUUGAUUAUGAUACAGAAAUUAAAGGACAAGUAAGAAAUCUGGGAUCCUCUAAGUAGAAAAAGGAGGAAGUGAAGAAAAACCUUUUAAAAACUGAGUCAGAUGUGAUAUUUUGAGUAAGAAAGGUGUGUAGAAAGGUGGGAACCUGUGUUUUGAUCUUAUUUUUUAUAGAUUAGUAUCACCUGAAAAUCUAUCACAUAAUUAAUUUUUCAUUACAUCAUUAUAAAUAAGUCUGAGUUGUUAACCUGUGCUACGGCUUGAGUUUUGGCUGGAAGAAAAGUUCAAAUUUAGACUUGUUACAUAUUCUAAUUAAACUGGGUAACCUGUGA